AAUGGAUACGAAAAGGAAGAUCUCGCAUUCCCGCAAGAAGCAGCAACAAGAAGCCGACGGUGAUAUUACUAACUCAUGGAUCUGUAAGAACCCGUCUUGUAGAGCUAACGUGCCUUUAGAUGAUUCUUAUUGCAAGUGGUGUUCUUGUUGCGUGUGCCAUGCUUUCGAUAAGACCAACGACCCAACCCUUUGGUUGGUUUGUGAGUCCGAGAAACCAAACGACGUCGAGUUCUGUGGCCUGUCGUGCCAUGUCGAGUGUGCGUUUCGAAAAGACAUUGUCUGGGUUAAUGCUACUGGGAACCUGAUGAAGCUUGAUGGAUAUUUCUGUUGCUACUCUUGCGGCAAAGUUUCUGACAUUCUUGGAUGUUGGAAGAAGCAGCUUGUGGCAGCAAAGGAUGCACGAAGGAUAGAUGUUCUAUGUUACAGGAUAGAGUUGAGUUACAGGCUUCUCGAUGGGACUAGUCGUUUUUCUGAGCUACAUGAGAUUGUUAAAGAUGCUAAGUCUAAGCUGGAAGUUGAAGUUGGUCCUAUUGACGGGCCUUCUGCCAGAAAUAACCUGGGCAUUGUUAGUCGGCUUCCUGUAGCAAUGCAGGUGCAAGAGCUCAGCAGUUUUGCUAUCAGAAGGGCAGAGUAUUGGUCAACCAGUGUAGCCAGAGGUUUGGUUCCUGCUGCAUGCAGGUUUGAUUUUAUAGAUGUUGCGCCUAGACAAGUGAUCCUUCGUUUGAUUGAGCAUUCUAGUGCUGAAGAACGUGGUGUGAAGGGUUAUAGGUUAUGGUGUGACAAGAAAGGAGAGACGCCUGAGGACGAUCAGUUUGACACUGAUUUGAGUAGAGGAGAAGCACAGAGGAUGAGGAUAUUGUUUUCUGACCUUGAGCCUUGCAAGGAGUACAUAUUCCGUGUUGUAUCUUACACAAGAGCUGGGGUUUUAGGUCAUUCUAUCGCUGGAUGCUUUACCAAGAGCGUUGAGAUUUUCCAGCGGAGCGGUGGUAACUAA